AUGAGUAAACGUCCGCCAAACUCGGUCGCCGACCCCUCACAAGCGACGCUCGCGAAUCGCGUAGUGCCUGAGAGUUCAUCAGCAAAACCACUUGAUAACGAGUCGACACCACCUAAUUUGUAUGACCACACUGUAGGCCGUUUAGAAUGUUUAUUAGCGUGCCUUUGGAGAUUGCGAAUCGGACACGCUCGCGUGAUCGUGUUGUUGGAAAAAUGUUUUCACUGCUUCCAUAAUAGUCUUCUAUUGUUGUUCACUAUGCGAGUUGUGAACUGUCUGGAGUACGAUUUCAAGCUAUCUAGAAUUUCAAAAGGGGAACAAAAAAUUACAGCGCUAUUCGCCCCAGCGAUACCAGUUAUACUUAGACUUAUUUAUGCUUUG